AUGGCGCCGGCUGCGCCAAAACAGCGGUGCCUCUACGAGGUCCUAGAAGUCUCACGUGACGCUGAUGAAGAUUCCAUUAAAAAGGCUUACCGGAAACAGGCGCUUAUGUGGCAUCCAGACAAGAAUGCCCACCGGGCGGAAGAGGCGGCGGAGAAGUUUAAGGAGAUCCAAAACGCCUACGAGAUCUUGAGCGACAAGCACGAGCGGGCCUGGUACGAUGACCACCGCGACCAGAUUCUGCGCAGCGGCGAACGGCACCAGGCUGGCGGAGGCGGGGGUGGCUUCGAGGGCUCCUCCGGCAAGCCCCCCGAGGACGAGGAGCUGUUUUCCUUCUUCACCAGCAGCUGCUACUCGGGGUAUGGGGACGGGCCUAAGGGCUUCUAUGGCGUGUACGAGGCUGUAUUCGCCAAGCUUGCUAAGCAGGAACAAGAGGCCUGGGAGCGAAGAGAUGCGGGUGGCGCCGGCGGCUCCUCGGCGCCCACCUUCCCGGGCUUCGGUACCUCCCAGUCGGACACCGCCACCGUCACCGCCUUCUACGCCCGCUGGGGCAGCUACACCACCUGCCGCAACUUCGCCUGGGCGGAUCUGUACAACCCAGCUGCGGCACCGCACAGGUUCGCUUUUGGAGGGGUUGAAAUGGGGGGGAGAGGUAGGAGGGGCGGAUGA